CGGGAGCGCGCGCGUAGACGAAACCGGGAGUGCGGACCUCCCGGCUAUAUCUGCGCCUGCGCUGUGGGACUCGUGGGGCACGACGGGACGGAGGAGACAAGAUGGCGGUGCGAGCGGUUCGGGGGAUCGUGAACGGGUCCGGGGCCGAUAUGUCCAGGUCCAUGGCAGGGUCCCGGGAGCAGGCGCUGGCCGUCAGCCGAGACUACCUCUCUCAACCUCGCCUCACAUACAAAACAGUAUCGGGUGUCAACGGUCCUUUGGUAAUCUUAGAUCAAGUUAAGUUUCCCAAGUAUGCUGAGAUCGUCCUCUUGACAUUACCUGAUGGCACAAAAAGAAGUGGUCAGGUUUUAGAAGUUAGUGGUAGCAAAGCAGUAGUUCAGGUUUUUGAAGGAACUUCAGGUAUAGAUGCCAAGAAGACAGCCUGUGAGUUUACAGGAGAUAUUCUUCGAACACCAGUGUCUGAAGAUAUGCUUGGUCGAGUUUUCAAUGGUUCUGGGAAACCUAUUGACAGAGGCCCAUUUGUCCUAGCUGAAGACUUUCUUGACAUUAUGGGACAGCCAAUCAACCCUCAGUGUCGAAUCUACCCUGAGGAAAUGAUUCAGACGGGCAUUUCAGCAAUAGAUGGCAUGAACAGCAUUGCUAGGGGGCAGAAAAUUCCCAUCUUCUCUGCUGCUGGCUUACCCCAUAAUGAGAUUGCAGCUCAGAUCUGUCGUCAGGCUGGUUUGGUGAAGAAAUCCAAAGAUGUCAUGGACUAUAGUGAAGAAAAUUUUGCGAUUGUAUUUGCUGCUAUGGGUGUAAACAUGGAAACUGCUCGAUUCUUCAAAUCGGACUUUGAAGAAAAUGGCUCAAUGGAUAAUGUCUGUCUCUUUUUGAACUUGGCCAAUGACCCAACCAUUGAGCGUAUUAUCACUCCUCGUCUGGCUCUAACAACAGCAGAAUUCCUGGCCUAUCAGUGUGAAAAGCAUGUAUUGGUCAUUCUAACAGAUAUGAGUUCUUAUGCUGAAGCUCUUCGAGAGGUUUCAGCAGCCCGAGAAGAAGUACCUGGUCGUCGUGGCUUCCCAGGCUACAUGUAUACAGACUUAGCCACAAUAUAUGAGCGAGCUGGUCGUGUGGAAGGCAGGAAUGGUUCAAUUACUCAGAUCCCUAUCCUCACCAUGCCCAAUGAUGAUAUCACUCAUCCCAUCCCUGACUUGACUGGAUAUAUUACCGAAGGACAAAUCUAUGUAGACAGGCAGCUGCAUAACAGACAGAUUUACCCACCUAUUAAUGUGUUGCCCUCCUUGUCCCGGUUAAUGAAAUCUGCUAUUGGUGAAGGUAUGACCAGAAAAGAUCAUGCAGAUGUAUCUAACCAACUGUAUGCAUGUUAUGCUAUUGGUAAGGAUGUACAAGCCAUGAAAGCAGUCGUUGGAGAAGAAGCCCUCACCUCAGAUGAUCUCCUUUAUCUGGAAUUUUUGCAGAAGUUUGAAAGGAACUUUAUUGCUCAGGGUGCUUAUGAAAAUCGCACUGUCUUUGAAACUUUGGACAUCGGUUGGCAGCUCCUUCGAAUCUUCCCCAGAGAAAUGUUGAAGAGAAUUCCUCAAAGCACCCUGAGUGAAUUUUACCCUCGAGACUCUUUAAUAAAGCACUAGCUUCGACUUCAUCUCUGUGAAAUACUGGUUUUAUUCUUCUCUUUCCCCUCCCCCUUCCCCUCUGUGUUGGAGUUUACGUGUUACCCUGUAAUUAAAACAAAGAAUAGGUAACAUAUUGUGCCAGUGUUCCUGAUGUUUUAAACUGAUAAUAGACUUUAAAAUAUCCUCUCUUCAAAAAACCUGUAUCUUCAAUGCUUUGUUAAAGUGGCUGCAGGGAUUGAAGUUGUCUUUUAUUGAUGUGUGUGUUUGUACUUAAUGGUGUAGUUAAUAGUCUAAUUACACCUUAAUUAUUUGGGUCUCCUGGACCAUAUUUCUUUAAACCUCUUAAGGAGUGUGGCUAAAUGAAGUUGUGAUGUCUUGGCUUCCAAAUAAAGGGCAAGCCUAAGUCUGUGCAGGUCCUUUGGGAAGAGCCAAGAGGCAUAUAUUUGAUCCUCCCAUAAUCUCCUUUAGUCCUCCUGCAUACCACUGUUCCCAUGCCGUUACUCAGAACAGAUGGUACUUGCUCUUGUGUGUUCAAUGGACAGACUAGCAAGGGAGGCCUUUUCUCUCUAACUUUUACUAUGUCUGAUAAUGAGGAGGAUGAUCUAUAAUAUUUAAUCCCAGAGCACAGGCAACCAUUGGCCUUGAUUCUGACUCUGGAGGGAGGAGGAACUCUUGCGUUUUGCUGCUACUCCUUUUAAGUUAAGCAUUAAAAACUUGCAACUUUUGCACAAUCGGUAUUUAUCUGGUGACACAGUGAGUUUCCUACUUUGUGAUGGUGAUCCUUAUUGAGCCUCCAAUGCAGAGGACAUGUGAGGUCCAAGUUAUUCUUGUCUGAGCUGCAAAAAUCAACUAGCUUGUUAGAAAGUGCAUAGGAGCAGGCAAACACACUAUCCAUUCCACCUUGAUAAAUUAAGGCAGGUUAGUAUUCUGACAUGCUAUCAGUGUUUAAAUCUUGAAAAUGUUUACUUUACCAAAAACUGAAAGCAUAACAGAGGGGAAAGAGAACAACAUGCUAACAUGUGUAAAUGGAUAUUUUGAACUCUAUUCUGGAGUAUUCUGUUGAAAUUCUCCAUUUGGUCCUGCUUUCUGACCUUUUUGGUCUCUCUAGGGGUAACCCCAUGGCACAAAUAUUAACACUGAGGUUCUUCAGGAUUCUGAUUUGCUCCUUUCUGAUGUUAUCCCUGCAGCUUUCUUCUAUGCAGCUUUUCCGUUGUUUGGUCUCUUUGUGUUCUUUGUAACUUGGGUGCAAUUGUAAUUUUCUUUCUAGUGCAUUCCAUCCUAAAGUUGUGUAAAAUCCUUUAUUUUUCUUGGGGUGGGAUGGGGACGUUAGCAUGAAAAUGUCAACGUAGAAAAUGUGACAUCUGAAUAUUACAAUAUGAAAAAUAAAUGUUAAAUAAAAUUGAA